UUACUGAACCUUAUAAAACUUUACGGAGGGGAAUGGAAGACAAUUUCUAGUAAUCUAACAAACAGGUCACCAACCGCCUGCAAGCAAAAGUUUUAUAGCAUGCUACGUCCAAAUCUUCCAGCUUCAAAGAUUGAA